AACCUAAAUCUUCCACAAGUCUCUCAACAUGGCCCCAAAGCAACGUAUGACACUUGCUAACAAGCAAUUCUCCAAGAACGUGAACAACCGCGGAAAUGUUGCCAAGAGCUUGAAGCCAGCCGAGGACAAGUACCCAGCCGCCCCAUGGCUCAUCGGACUUUUCGUCUUUGUCGUCUGCGGAUCCGCCGUCUUCGAGAUCAUCCGCUACGUCAAGAUGGGAUGGUAGAUUACUCCACCACCGCCACCACCAACACAUUAUAUUUAUUGCAUACUGGUCAUCAUGUUCCCCCCCCCCCCUCCCAUCGGAAUCCCCCUUUCUCUUUUCGUUCCUUUCGUCCCCCAAUUCAACCUUGUUCCCCCAAUUCGCAUCAUGUUGAUAAUGUGAUAAUACUCGCUAGUGCGAUCAAGUAGAGAUUCCCUGGCCCUCCUACAACCUCCUGAAACCCUCGUACAUGUUCUUGGAAUAAACGCAUUUAUUUUUG